AUGUUGCCACAUGGUUGCAAUCCCCAAUGGCCAGCCCAAAUGUGGAGUGGCUUCCCGCUGCCACACUUCUACCUCGGCCACACCCCGCAUACCCCACUGACUGUGCCAGGCAGGGCCAACCAGCCCUGCAGUGGUUGCCCCAACAACCCAGAGGCUGAUCAUGAGCCCCCGCCGAAGCGAAUUUGCCUGCAGCGUGACAGGUUUGAUGAAGACUUGUAUGACCGAGCGUGUGCACUUGUUGAUACCAUGUCACCUGUUGAGAAGGGGAAACUGCGCAUUUACUUGGGUAGUGGUGUAGAUUCUCCGGACACAGUAGCUCCUGCGCCAAAAGAGCCCGAAGUAUGCCUCCAUGAGCUGUUCAGCCAGUGGGUAAAUGUAGACACUAUGGACGACGAUGAUGCUGCCACAGUAGCAGAAACAUUGUGCGAUGCAGUUGCCAAGGUUGUCAAAUCAGACACCUUGGUUGUCAAGCUUUCCACUGAUUUGCUUGCCCAGGCAUUCCGACAAACCUCGUCAAACUGCCAGCCACAAAUCCAGCAGCUUUUGAACAUCCCGUGCGUUCUGGACGAAGUUGUUAAAGCCCCUGCGCACUUGCAGCCGGAUGCUAUUGCUAGGUUGCCUGACCACCACCCUGAGAAAAUCAAGAAAUGGCGUGAGUUGAACAAGGAAAUGGUGCGUAGGGUGCUCAGCCUGCAAACAUCUGACACACAGAAGUUCUGGCUGAGGGAAGGUGUGAAACCCAUAGCUGCUUCCAGCAACGAAAGAGAUGUGUUUUUCGACAUGGUUCGCAUUGUCCGCCUCCAAUGCACAAAGCCGGAGAUUAAAGAGUUUCUCGCGUGGUUCAAGAGUAAUGUGCCUGCCAAGUUCAGGAAGCGUGAACCGUUGACUGAUAAACAGGCGCCUCUGACACAGGAGAAUGGUGCCAGCACCGUACAUGCCGAUAUUCGGACCCAUGCUGAGCAAGCAGUUGAACCGACCACGUCGUGUGCAGAGCGCCUCAAAUUUGACAUUUCGCAAUACAACCUUGAGAGGUUCGCGAAGGAUGCUACCUCGUUGGAAGCAUUGACUGGUGAGAAGGCUACCCUUGUCUCUGUGAAAGACAUUGGUAAAACGGUCAAGUUUGAUUCAAACCCUGAGCUCAACCAAGCCAUCUCGCAGUUUGACAAUGCUCUCGAGUCCUUUGGGAUGUCCAAACCGGUGCGGGAUGAGGUGUAUCAACACUUGAAGGCAGCCACGUUGAGCCUCGGCCUGCGUUGCAACAAGACCCAGGUUGAGGAUUUAAGGAGAUGGAUCGCCCGGGCACUUGCGUUGAAGUACAGGUCGGAGUGA